UAAAUAUAGCACCCGCGAGCUCAGCUCCUCAACAUAGUCAUUGCUCUGACAGUGUUGUGAAGGGAGCAGAAGAAGAGAAACCUAAUCUCAGAACCCAACAACACCUAGCAACAGUUGAAAAAACUUUUAAACAAAAGUCUGGGUGAGAGAUAUACAACAACUUCCAAUUUCUGCUGAUCGGGAUUUCAGGGAGAAGAAGCUGCUUUCCCCCCUCUCUACUCUGUUUCCUGCAUGACUUCAGCUAUUGGCUAGUUCUGGGAAAGAAAGUGGGAAAAGCUUUUUCCUCUGUAUUCUUUUGAGCUGGAUAGUUUUUAAGAACUCAAAUCUGUCUUGGGCUGUGAGACAAGCCACUGGGUUCUUCAAAGGAUAAACUACCUCCAUAGAGGACAUACCUUUGGUUAAAGGAGCUGCCGUCAGGUGGGAAUGAGAUCUCGAAACCAAGGUGGUGAAAGUUCAUCUGAUGGGCAUGUCUCCUGUCCCAAGCCCUCCAUCAUCGGCAAUGCUGGUGAAAAAAGUCUCUCAGAAGAUGCCAAAAAGAAGAAGAAAUCAAAUAGGAAGGAGGAUGAUGUCAUGGCCUCAGGAACUAUCAAACGACACCUAAAAACAUCUGGAGAAAGUGAACGAAAGACUAAGAAAUCCCUGGAGUUAUCCAAAGAAGACCUCAUCCAACUACUCAGUAUAAUGGAAGGAGAGUUGCAGGCCAGAGAAGACGUGAUCCAUAUGCUGAAGACGGAGAAAACCAAACCUGAGGUUCUGGAGGCUCAUUACGGGUCUGCGGAGCCAGAGAAAGUGCUGCGGGUCCUGCACCGAGAUGCCAUUCUUGCCCAGGAGAAAUCCAUAGGAGAAGAUGUCUAUGAAAAACCGAUUUCAGAGCUGGACAGACUUGAGGAAAAACAGAAAGAAACCUACCGGCGCAUGCUAGAGCAGCUGUUGCUGGCCGAAAAGUGUCACAGGCGCACCGUGUACGAGUUAGAGAACGAGAAGCAUAAACACACUGACUACAUGAACAAGAGCGACGACUUCACCAACCUGCUGGAGCAGGAGCGGGAGAGGUUAAAAAAGCUCCUUGAACAAGAAAAGGCUUAUCAAGCCCGCAAAGAAAAGGAAAAUACUAAACGGCUCAAUAAACUAAGAGAUGAACUUGUCAAACUCAAGUCCUUUGCACUCAUGCUGGUGGAUGAAAGACAAAUGCACAUUGAACAACUUGGCCUGCAAAGCCAGAAAGUACAGGAUCUUACUCAGAAGCUGAGGGAAGAAGAAGAAAAGCUCAAAGCCAUUACUUCCAAAUCCAAAGAAGACAGACAGAAAUUGCUCAAGUUAGAAGUAGACUUUGAACACAAGGCUUCAAGGUUUUCUCAAGAGCAUGAAGAGAUGAAUGCUAAACUGGCUAAUCAAGAGUCUCACAAUAGGCAACUUAGACUCAAACUGGUUGGCUUAACCCAAAGAAUCGAGGAGCUAGAAGAGACCAACAAAAAUCUGCAGAAGGCAGAGGAAGAACUUCAGGAAUUAAGAGAUAAAAUUGCCAAAGGAGAAUGUGGAAAUUCUAGCCUCAUGGCAGAAGUGGAAAAUCUUCGAAAGCGUGUGCUUGAAAUGGAAGGUAAAGAUGAGGAGAUCACUAAAACUGAAUCCCAGUGUAGGGAACUGAGGAAGAAGUUGCAAGAGGAAGAACACCAUAGUAAGGAGCUCAAACUUGAAGUUGAGAAGCUACAGAAGAGAAUGUCUGAACUGGAGAAAUUGGAAGAGGCAUUCAGCAAGAGUAAAUCUGAGUGCACCCAGCUACAUUUAAAUCUGGAGAAAGAAAAGAACUUAACCAAAGACCUGCUAAAUGAAUUGGAGGUGGUCAAGAGUCGAGUUAAAGAAUUGGAAUGUUCUGAAAGUAGAUUGGAAAAGGCUGAAUUAAGCCUAAAAGAUGAUCUUACGAAGUUGAAGUCAUUUACCGUGAUGCUGGUUGAUGAAAGGAAAAAUAUGAUGGAAAAAAUAAAGCAAGAAGAGAGAAAAGUGGAUGGACUCAAUAAAAAUUUUAAGGUGGAACAAGGAAAAGUUAUGGAUGUAACUGAAAAACUAAUUGAAGAAAGUAAGAAGCUUUUAAAACUAAAAUCUGAAAUGGAGGAGAAAGUAUACAACUUGACAAGAGAAAGAGAUGAGUUGAUAGGCAAAUUGAAAAGUGAAGAAGAAAAAUCCUCUGAAUUAAGCUGCAGUGUUGACUUACUAAAGAAGAGACUUGAUGGUAUAGAGGAAGUGGAAAGAGAAAUAACAAGAGGAAGGUCACGAAAAGCGUCUGAGCUCACCUGCCCGGAUGAUAAUAAGAUUAAGGAACUAACACUUGAAAUUGAGAGACUGAAGAAACGUCUCCAACAAUUGGAAGUGGUCGAAGGGGAUUUGAUGAAGACAGAAGAUGAGUAUGAUCAGCUGGAACAGAAAUUUAGAACUGAGCAGGAUAAGGCGAACUUCCUCUCUCAACAACUAGAGGAGAUCAAGCACCAAAUUGCCAAGAAUAAAGCAAUCGAGAAGGGUGAGGUUGUGAGCCAGGAAGCUGAACUGAGACACAGAUUUCGGUUGGAAGAAGCUAAAAGUCGAGACUUAAAAGCUGAAGUACAAGCUCUUAAAGAGAAGAUUCACGAAUUAAUGAACAAAGAAGAUCAGCUUUCUCAGCUCCAGGUAGAUUAUUCUGUACUUCAACAAAGAUUUAUGGAAGAAGAAAAUAAGAACAAAAACAUGGGGCAGGAGGUCCUCAAUCUGACUAAAGAGUUGGAGCUUUCCAAGCGCUACAGCAGAGCUCUUAGGCCCAGUGUGAAUGGAAGAAGAAUGGUGGAUGUUCCUGUGACAUCAACUGGAGUCCAGACUGAUGCAGUCAGCAGUGAAGCAACAGAGGAAGAAACACCAGCUGUAUUCAUACGGAAAUCCUUCCAGGAAGAAAAUCAUAUUAUGAGUAAUCUUCGGCAAGUGGGAUUGAAGAAACCCAUGGAAAGAUCCUCUGUUCUAGACAGGUAUCCUCCAGCAGCAAAUGAGCUCACUAUGAGAAAGUCUUGGAUUCCAUGGAUGAGAAAGAGGGAAAAUGGCCCCUCAAUCACUCAGGAGAAAGGGCCCCGAACAAAUUCCAAUCCAGGGCACCCAGGAGAGGUAGUCCUUUCACCAAAGCAGGGCCAGCCCCUGCAUAUUCGAGUGACACCAGACCACGAGAACAGUACUGCGACUUUGGAGAUAACAAGCCCGACAUCUGAAGAAUUUUUUUCUAGUACCACUGUCAUUCCUACCUUAGGGAAUCAGAAACCAAGAAUAACCAUUAUUCCAUCACCAAAUGUUAUGCCUCAAAAACAAAAAAGUGGAGAUACAACUCUUGGCCCAGAACGAGCCAUGUCCCCAGUCACAAUUACUACAUUUUCCAGAGAGAAGACUCCAGAAAGUGGAAGAGGUGCAUUUGCAGACAGGCCCACAUCCCCUAUUCAGAUAAUGACAGUGUCUACAUCAGCAGCACCAGCUGAGAUUGCAGUUUCUCCCGAAUCCCAGGAAAUGCCCAUGGGACGGACAAUCCUCAAAGUCACCCCAGAAAAACAGACUGUUCCAACUCCAGUACGGAAAUACAACUCCAAUGCCAAUAUCAUAACCACAGAGGACAAUAAAAUUCACAUUCACUUAGGGUCUCAGUUUAAACGGUCCCCUGGGACUUCAGGUGAAGGAGUCAGUCCAGUUAUUACUGUCCGACCAGUAAACGUGACAGCCGAAAAGGAGGUUUCCACCGGCACUGUCCUUCGCUCUCCCAGGAACCACCUCUCCUCACGGCCUGGUGCGAGCAAGGUGACGAGCACUAUCACCAUAACACCAGUCACAACGUCAUCUGCUCGAGGAACCCAGUCAGUGUCAGGACAAGACGGGUCAUCCCAGCGGCCUACACCCACCCGCAUUCCUAUGUCAAAAGAAAGCAUCAUCAUUCACCAGUUACGAAUGAACUCCAGAUGAAAUGGUAAACCAAGCACAUACUGGGUGUGUGUAUGACCUCUGAAUCCCUAUUGAAUGGACAGCCCUCAUUCAUGACUAAGGUCCUCCAUGCUACUGAUCACUACUGGAAAUAUUUUACUACUUCCAGUGAUUUUUUUUUUUUAAGGAUAUAAUGUGAAAGCUGAAAAUGGCCUUGCUGAUAGUAUGAAAAUAUGUAGCAAGAAAGCAAUUCAAUCUAUGUGCCAUAAGAAAUUUCUUUUUGCAAAGCUUUCAGGUCUAUGGGCACAUGAUGUAUAACUUAUUUUUUAUAAUACAUUUUGUAAUGUAAUUUUUUUCCUAAAAUGUUUCCCUUUUUCAUAGUCUCUGGCACAUAUAUCUACAGAAUACACUGUCAGUUCUUCAAAGUGUUGGUAUUGUUGCAUUCAAAAUAGUAACCUAUAAUUAUUUUCUUUUUAUCAAUUUGUUAAUUCUGAAAAAAAGAAAGUACAACUAUAUUUCCUGAGGUAAAUUCAAGAGGUAAAACUUAGAAGCAGGAGAUUCUGGAAGAGGUUUUACUAUUGCUUGUACAAUGCUAUGGUUCUGAUCAUGGUUCAAUACUAACAAAUAAUGCUCUGACUUAAAAGCUUAAUUUUAAAUACUAAAAAUCAGUUUCUAUAGUUGCUCUUUCUGGUGUUCUGGGCCAAAAACCUUGGAUGAAUUGAUUUUUAUAUAGAACAAAUUCAUAAAAGGAGAUGUACCAGUUUAACCAGUGAGGGUAAUAAGAACAGCUUCGACUGACAGUUCAAUUACACUUCUGAUUGAAUUAUUUACUUGUAUGUAUACGACUUAUAAUAAGGACUGUGAAAUAAAGCUAGUUCUCACAAUCUAAUCCAACCAAAACUUGAAUAUAAAAACAGACCUAAAAUGUCAGUAUCUUUUUAAAAAAUAAGACUGGGCAUGGUGGGUCAUGCCUGUAAUCCCAGCACUUUGGGAGGCCAAGGCAGGAGAAUCGCUUAAGCCCAGGAGUUCAGGAUCAGCCUGGGCAACACAGUGAGAGUU